AUGGAAUGGUAUCAACCAGAUGGAAGCGAAGAUUGCUACUUCUGCAAUACUGAAGUUUCAGGAUUGAAUAGUAAAUCAAAAACAAAAGUGAAUUACGCUAAAGUCACUUCUGUAAAAAAAGCUGUUGAAAAAUCGAUUACCAAUGAAGAGCUUUAUGUGCUUGAGAAGUUAUCCAUUGAAUCGGAUACGAAUGAUGGAAAUUAUAAUGACGAAGAUUGUGACGACAUAAGUGAUGACAAUAAUGGCAAUGCUACCAAUGAUGUAGGUGAUGAUUUGGAAGAUGAAUCCUAUGACAGUGAUAUUGAUGGAAAAACUGAUGAUGAUGAUGAAGAUGAUGAUAUUUUCCUUCCAGCGGGCCAGAAAGACAAAAGCGUAAAGUUAUGGUCUCAAGAUAAACUGAACGACCUAGUUAGAGAGCUUAACUUACCUAAAGAUGGAGCAGAACAUUUAGCUUCAGCUUUGAAAGGCAUGAAUCAGUUGGCAAGCGUGGGCGAUACAGUAAUGCAGCGCGAGAAUGUUACUACGCCGUCACUGCAUUACUAUGCGGCCGCCGAACAGCCCACGCGCACUUAA